GAACCGUCCUCCCGCUCUCUCUCUCUCUCACUCGCUGCCGUCCCACACAUUUCCAGGCAGCCUCGACAACACUCUCCAAACUUUGAAAGUUCAACAAAACAGCUUUGCACAUGUUGAUGCUCUCGACGUGGGCCAGCCACGGGCAGACGGUCACAUCGAAGUGAGAGGAGAGUUUCAGCGAUACCAGGGGGAGAGGGGGAUCUGCGCUGAUAGUGUGAACGAACCCCAGCUCCUCACACAGCACCGACUCUCCGACAGACGAUCCCAGUCCCUGAGGGCCUGAGCAUGGCAUCGAGCAAGGUGUUCUCUUCGCGGACCACGCAGACGGACGCCCACCCGCUCCUGAGGCCUGGCCGCCAGCGCCGGAGGGUCAUGUCGAAGGACGGGCACAGCAACGUGAGGAUUGACCAUGUCCAUCACUGGCAUUUCCUGUACCUGAAGGACCUGUGGACCACCUUCAUCGACCUCAAGUGGCGCUACAAGCUGGCGCUGUUCUCCGCCACCUUCACCGGCACCUGGUUCCUCUUCGGCCUGGCCUGGUACUUGGUGGCCCUGCUGCACGGUGACCUUCUGGUGCCCCUGCCACCCUCCGCCAACCACACCCUCUGUGUGGCCAACAUGCAGACCCUCACCGCCGCCUUCCUCUUCUCCCUCGAGUCGCAGACCACCAUCGGCUACGGGUACCGCUACAUCUCCGAGGAGUGCCCCCUGGCCAUCGUUCUGCUCAUCGGGCAGCUCAUCAUCACCAGCCUGCUGGAGGUCUUCAUCACUGGCACCUUCCUGGCCAAGAUCGCCCGGCCCAAGAAGCGAGCGGGCACCGUCCGCUUCAGCCAGAAUGCGGUGGUCUCCUCACGGGAUGGAAAACUGUGCCUCAUGAUCCAGGUGGCCAACAUGCGUACCAGCCUGCUGCUGGGGUGCCAGGUGGUCGGCAAGCUCCUGAGGGCCCAGCUGGCGGCCGAGGGCGAGAGCUUCCGCCUGCAGCAGGUCAAUGUGGAGUUCCAGGUGGAUGCGGGCACCGACAGCCCCUUCCUCAUCCUGCCCCUCACCUUCUACCACCUCAUCGACGAUGCCAGCCCCCUCAGGCAGGUGGCGCUGGCCCCAGGCAGGGACCAGGACUUCGAGCUGGUGGUCAUCCUGAGUGGCACCGUGGAGAGUACCAGCGCUCUCUGCCAGGUGCGCACCUCCUACCUGCCCGAUGAGAUCCUCUGGGGUUACGAGUUCUGCCCCGUCAUCUCCCUCUCCCCCGGGGGCAAGUAUGUGGCCGACUUCGCCACCUUCGACCGCGUCGCCAAGGUGCCCGGCCUGGAGACCCCUUGGCCUGGAGGCGGUGCCGACCCGGAGAAGGGCAAGCUGGAGGAGAACCUGAAGUCCCCCCACUCCGGGAAAACCGCCAGCCCCCGCAACAUGAAGAUCAGCAACGUGUGACCGGGA